UCAUUACAAUUAUUUUGGUUGUUUCGUGUGGACGUACAAUUUGUGUGUCGGCCGUUGUGCUGUAUAAAGUAACGGAUAUUAUUUUAUAAUCAAAAAGCGAAGUUGAAUUUAAAAAUAAAAAUACAAAGAUUUUUUUGUUUGUAUUCGUGUUCUACCACCAAUAAGUGAAAUUUGACAAAGUGCGGUUUAAAAACUUACCAUCGAGCUCACACAUUUCGAUUUCGCUACCUACUCAUACUUGCGCUGCAACUGUAACUCGUCGAAAGUUUGUGCGCGUUUUGUAUUUUUAAACAUUUUCUGUAUCAUUGUUCCAUCGUUGCCGAAAAUCGAAUAGUCAAACUGUUUCUCAGUGUCAUUGUGCGAGUUUUGUCUGAUAUCCUUUUUGUCCUAUCAUUCGUAUUCCUACGUGAUAAGGGUGUGUACUUGAUGACCUACCCGCUGUAAAAAAAAUUGGAAGGAAAAUAUUAAAACAAACAAGCAAAACACUUGUGUACACCUGCAAUUGCAGCGAACCGUAAAAGUGCAAGGAACAACGAUUCGGGAUAUACGCCCUGUUUUAAGUGAACACUUCAACGCUACGAGACACAAAUAGAAUUUAUUUGAAAAAUGUCGGUGUCAUCAAAUGCCUCAUCUGCAUCCUCUUCGGUGACCGGUAUACCCAUCAGCAAUGGCAGCACGAACAGGCCAUCGCUGGGACGUCCAGGCAGCUGCGACUCCUCCGCAGGAAGUGAUUCGUCAGAAUUAACACAUAUAUUGAAUCGUAGGCAAGUGAUUAUGGAUUCACAAGAGGCAGGCAUUGAGGUGCCGCACCAAUUCAAGGUGGUUAACGUCUACACGGAAUUUCAUGAGUUCUCAAGAAAACAAAUUAAAGACUACCAAAAAACCUUUAACAAAUAUGACGUGGGUCACGACGGCUACUUAGAUUUGACCGAAUUAAAAUUUAUGAUGGAAAAAUUGGGCGCACCUCAAACACACUUGGGCCUCAAGCAAAUGAUUGCCGAAGUCGAUGAGGAUCACGAUGGCAAAAUUUCAUUCCGUGAAUUCUUGUUGAUCUAUCGCAAGGCACAAGCCGGUGAACUCGACAACGAUUCAGGUCUGAAUCAAUUGGCACGUCUCACCGAAAUCAAUGUGGACGAGGUUGGGGUUACCGGCGCGAAAAAUUUCUUCGAAGCCAAAAUCGAACAGCAAUUGCGAACGAAUAAGUUUCACGAUGAAAUACGACAGGAACAGGAGGACCGCCGUCGCGAGGAAGAGGAGCGUGCCAAUCGGCGUUUACAAUUCCAGCAGCGUGCAGCGAUUUUUCAGUAAACCGAGAUUGUAUUGCAGAUACACGCACGGCUGGCUGGUGGCGGGGGGGAAGUAAUGGGAAAAUUUUGAGAAAUUUUUAAGAUCUAUCAUCACUUUAUAGCUUUUAAGGAUAUCAUUUAAGCACAUCAACAAAGCACUGAAUGGAAAUGUGUUAUAAAAACAAAAAGAAACAAAGAAAGAGAAAAACAUGAAGAAGAACCACUCAUACACAUCGCAUAUCGCAUAAAUAUUUUAUAAGAUUCAAGUAACUAAACAUGAAUAAUUGUACGUGAAGCAAGCUUAAGCGUGCGCAACAAGAAAAAAUAGCAUAACGAACAAAACAAAAAAGAAAAACAAAUAGGUAUACUAUGCUAAUAUAUACAUAUUAAAGUGCAUAAAUACUUUUUUCUCUACACAAGUAUUGAUACCAAAUUGUGCGUGCAUUUAGAAAGCGCCACGUUAGUUUUUAGAAACAGUUUAUAUAUAGCACCGUUCGUGCAGCAUUUAAUUGCUUUGCUUUAGUAGAUGGCGAGCCUAAAAGUAGACUAUAACUUUAUGUGUGCAUAUGUAUGUGCAAAUACUCUGUAAAAUCGAAUUGCAUGAAAUUGUUGUUCCAUCCUUUUUCCUCACAGCUGCAUACACUUUCGUAUGUAUUAGUGAGCUGUUCGUAUACUCAACUUUAGGCGCUCAGAAUGUCGCUGAUUAUACUGAAAUAUAGACGCGUGAAUAACAGUUAAUUCGUUCAAAAUGUUACUUUUUAGUUUAAUACAACCUAAAAGUUUGCAAAUAAUUCAAAUUUGUACUAACUAAAAAUUAGCGAAUACAUUUGAGUUGCUGAGUCCCAAAAGAGCAGUUGCUCUCCUGAAACUUAGGAAUGCAAAGAGGAUGCUUUGAAAAAAAAAACAACAAAAAUUAAAUUUCACAAAGUAAUUCUUGUAUCGCUUUAGCAAAGCAAUUGACUAUUGUGCGUGCGUGUUUAGGGUAUUCGCUUAUAAAUAGGGUGUUAAUUUGUGUGCAAAAAAGUUUGUUUUACUUUAAAAAUGAAGAUAAAAAUUCGCAAGCAUAAAUUUUGCGUAAAUUUCCACUUGUGAAUGUUUCAUAUUGCAAUUUGCACCCGAAUUUUUAUAAGCAACCUCCUUGGGUUUUUUUAAAACAAAACAACAACAACAAAACUAGUAACUUUGUAGCAUUGCAAAAUCUUUUUGUAGCCGUUUAGUGUAAGCUAAAUUAGUUGUAUGUACUUGGCAAGCAAUAAUACGCACCAUAUAAAAAUAAAUACAUACAUAUAUACAAAUAACCAUACCGUACAAUUAACAGUCUACUCGUAUAUAUAAAUAUAAAUAUUUUUUA